CGCUUGUAGCUGAUUGGGCAAAACUCACGCGAUUCGAUCGCGGGAAGAGGCAGUCUCGGAACGUGUUACUCGCAGAAUGACCUCGGACCCCACGCCAUCGACCGACGCCGUCGCCGCCCUCGAAGCCGAGCUCGCGGCCCUCAAGCUCGCGUACAAACAGCUCGAGGCCGAGAACGCGGAGCUCAAGGCCCUCAUUGCGCAGAGCGAGAAGGACAAGAAGCCGCAGCCCGACGCGGCCACGGACGAGCCCGAGACCGCAGCGUCGCAACUGAGCAACGCGCUCGGCCGCAUCAAGAACGCCGUGGUCUCCAAGACGCCGGCAGCGUUCCGGCGCAACGAGUCUUCGUCACCACCAGUCGAGACCGUGGUCGUCGAGACCGCGGUCGUUGAGCCUGCAGCGCCGACCGCUGAGCCUGUCCGCCGCUCGUCGUUCCUCAACUACGCCGUCGCGUCCAUCAAGGGCCGCCUGGGUCUUCCGGGCGUAACUGUGGGCAGCAAGAGCGAUACGAACGACGGUGCUACCGAUGCUGUCGACAGUACGACGGCCGGUGCAAGCGACGUAGCUCGCAGUGCGAGUGAUGCUAUCGACACUACGACCGUCGCCGCCGAGACCAAGAAUAUUGCAGUGCACACAACGACUGAUGCUGCAGAAGACGCGAGCGAGCCGACUAAGAAGAGCACAGAGAGCACAGUCGCUGGCACUAUGGACGUCGCUGAACCGACGCCCGACGCUGUGAAGAGUACCGACAUUGACCAACCUGCUGCCGCAUCCGGUGCAUCGAGCCAGCUGUAAGUCGGCCGCACUCGAUACGAGCUCGAUGGGUCGACCGACUGUAGACACCGUGCAAAGUCGCCCGAGCAACUAAACGACUCGUCGAAAAACUGAGUGUAUUUUACGUCAACAACAAUGAAACCCGAGACGAACCAACAGGCAUUGAAGUCACUUGACGACAGACACUAUGGAUCCCUUGGC